UUUGUUAUCUGUGGAAAGUGUGGAAAAAAAAAGCGUGUGGUGGCUUACGGAAAUGUUUCACGAAAGUUCUUUCAAGUAAUUACACAAAAUGUAGAAAGGGAAUAGUCACUAGACAUAGUCAAAAGUUAUAUUUAAGUAGUAAGUGCUUGCUAUUUGUUACUUUAAUGUGCAAAUCGUCGAAAAUGGUUUCGGGUAGCACGAGGGUGAUUCAAGUCACCAACAUUGCACCCCAGGCCACCAAAGAUCAGAUGCAAACCCUCUUCGGGUAUUUAGGGAAGAUCGAUGAUAUCAGAUUGUAUCCAACCAUCAGAGAUGUGUCUUGCCCGGUGCAGUCCCGAAUAUGUUAUGUAAAAUAUUAUGAUUCGGCAACUGUUAACGUUGCCCAGCAUAUGACCAACACGGUUUUCAUUGACCGGGCACUUAUCGUGAUCCCGAUGCAAUCAGGAGAGAUUCCUGAUGAGCACAAGGCUUUGGAAAUGUCAAGCAAUGGGACCUUAGUGCCGGGAUUGAGCACGGUGGAGCCGCGUCUGCCGGCUCACGUUAUCAACGCUUUGGACGGCGUUCCUCCCAACCAGGUGAUUCAGACUCACGACCCUAAGUUAACAGCAUUAGGGUUGCCGCCGUACCCGCCGCUACCGGCGGCCUACGACUCUAGGAAAAUAGAAGAAAUACGGAGAACUGUUUUGGUGGGCGACGUUGACUCACUAACUUCUCAGCAGUUAAUAGAUCACUUCUGUUUGGCGGGUGAAGUAAAGUAUAUGAGAUUUUGUGAUCGGGAUGCAGACAAGCAAAGGUACGCUCUGAUAGAAAUGACUGAACAAGAGUCCAUCCUGAAAGCUCUUCAGCUUAACGGCAGUACGGUUGACGGACAUGCUAUCAAGGUAUACCACGCUACUCAAGCUAUCUGCAAGCCACAGACUAAGAGUAAUGAGGCAGCACAGAGAGAGAUCGAGGAAGCCAUGUGCAGAGUCAAGGAGGCACAGAACUUGAUAUCCGCUGCUAUCGACCCAGUAAUAGGCCUCCUGUCAAAGGAUAAAAGGAGGACACGUUCUAGGUCUCGUUCCCGAAGGCGGUCCCGCUCUCGCUCGCGCCGCUCCCGAUCGCGUCAUCGCUCCAAGCGCUCCCGUUCUAGGUCUAGGCACCGCUCCCGACGCUCACGGUCACGGCAUAAGCAUCGCUCCAGAUCUCGUUCUCGUCACCGCAGCUCUCGCCGCACGCGCUCUCGCUCCCGGCACCGCAGCUCUCGCUCCAAGCGCGACCGCUCCCGCGACAAAGACAAGGAUAAGGACAAAGACAAGGACAAGGACCGCAAAGACAAGAAGGAAUCCACUGACAAGGAGAAGAAAGAAAAAUCCAAGUCACCGCCUCCAAAGGAAGUGGAAAAAGAGGAGAAAGAAGAAGUUAAGCCAGAAGUGGUUCCCGAAACCAACGGGAACUCGUCUGAAGUGAAGUCCAAGGCGUCGACGCCAGCGGACGACAAGCCAGAAAAAGACGUUGAAAAAGAAAAGGAAAGGUCACCGUCGAAGAAGCGAGAACGAACCAGAUCUCGAGACAGAAAGCGCGACCGCUCCAGGUCGCGGCGGAGAUCUCGGUCACGAUCUCGCAGGAAGCGCUCGCGAUCUCGCAGGCGGUCGCGCUCCAGAGACAGGAAGAGAUCUCGUUCUAGGGACAGAAAGAGAUCUAGAUCACGAGAUCGCAAGCGUUCGCGCUCGAGGGAUAGAAAAAGAACUAGAUCUCGGGAUAGGAAACGGUCUAAAUCUAGAGACAAGAAGCGGUCUCGAUCCCGGGACCGUAAACGGUCUCGUUCGGGUAGCCGUCAUUCUAAGAGUCGCUCCCACAGAGACUCUAAAACGCCGCACGACCGAAAGUCACGAGACCAUACCCCUAACCUUUCUGUAAUAGAAGAAAAAGAUAUUUCUACUCUAGAAAAUAAGAUUUCAGACGUAUGUGAUGAAAAGAACUCUCCAGAUAACAUGGAUAUCUCUAACUCACCAUAGUUUCGUUUGUACCUUCAACAUUCAAUGUUUAUAGUAAAUGAUGAACUACUUUUAGUUUGCAUGAUUGAAUUUUAGAUCAUUCAGUAAUUUCUGAAUAAAUUCCCUUAAGUGAAAGUACAUACAUACUUGAAUGAAUUACGUACCUAUCUUAUUAUUUCCUGUAUGUUAUUUUUUUGACGCAAGAUGUAAAUUUUGUUGUAUGUUCUCAAAUAUUGCCCGAAGUCUCUGAUUUAUUGCCGCGGGCCGUGAUUUGUCAACUAUAUAAUGUGUUCUAGUUUUAGUUAUUUUUAAGAAGCAAUAAAGAAUGAUCCACAUA